UAUAAUUAAUAAAGCAUCUAUAAAGUGGGGAGUAGGUAAUUGGGGCUCAUAAAACACAGUCGAAUAUCCGCUUAAGUAGAAUGUUGAAAAAACGUAAUGGUAACUAACCUACAUAGAUACGGCAGGUAUAUGCAGACUUGCUGUUGGCUGUAGCUAGCGGCCGAAGGAAUAAAUACGUGGAGGUGGAAAGUCCACUCAAAGCAUUAAGGAUUAACUGUACCUAUACUUUUAGAAGUAUUUAUGAAUAUAAAUAUUCUUAAGUAGCUGUUUGCCUUGGCUUCGCAUGAAUAUACUAAUGAAGAAAAUAAGACUAAAUUUACUGCCAAUUUUUUUUUAUUUACAUACUAUUUUCCAUUUUACUUAUUCACACACUUUUUAUAUAUUUUAGAUAUUAAUUUUUCACUUUUCUGUACAAUUUUUUAAAUAUUUUCUUUCAUAAAAACCUUGUAUUGACAAUUAAAAAUAUAACAAAAACAAAGCCGAAUAAGUGUAAGCAUUCUGAAGCAAUGCGCUUUCAGUCAUUCAGCUAUUGAUUUUUAUUUAUAUAGAUUGUACUCAAAAAUACGGUAACAAUCAGGGGCAACUACUGGCAAGAUCCCUCUUAUGUGUAGAGUAGGCCUAUUGUGUUUAGCAGUGAACAAUUAACGGACGAUACGAUUAUGAUACAUUAAUUUAAUAUUAAAACAAAUACUUCAUUUAAUAUAAAAAAAAAAUCUGCGUCAAAGUUUUGAUUUCAAGAGAGUGAUAUCAAUAAAUUUAAUCACUUAUUGGUUAUGAAUGAUGUUUAAGUCUACGAGUCUACGGCGUAGCGGUGACUACGAAACUUUUAUAUUAACGCAAAACAACUAACAAAAUUACGGCUUAAUCAUGAACAAAUUACUAAUUCGAGACUCGAAAUGUAACUUUAAUUAAGCAGGAGAAAGUAGUAGGUCCAUCGUGACGCAGCCGGGUGCGGUGGCCGCCGCCCCGCCACGCCGCCGUCGCCCGUCACUCGGUUCCGUUCACAAAACAUAACCGGACGAGCGGCGAAACGCUUCCACGACAACACAAAAAAAAACAAUCUACACCCAUCCCGGACAAUUUUCGUACACACCACAAUAUCGUACAAUAAUUUCGAUUGUACGAAACUGUGUCAAAUAGUAUACGACAGGUAUAAAAGCGACCGGAAACGUGCACUGUGACUUAUAGCGUCGGAGGUCCGGCGUUUGGCGCCGCGUUGCUUUUCCCGCGUCCCGCGAUAUCCACCCGCUCUAUUCUACUUACAAUUCGGUUAUAUACAAUUCGUUUACAGAUAAUUAAACGCACUGACAAGUUUUCGUGUAUAAUUGUGAUGCUUCUGAGCGUAGUGUGAGCUGAUAGUUCAUAACUAAGCUACGAUGGCCGCUGCGGCUGUGGCUGCAGCUGAGCCGCCGCCAGCGCCAGAACCGACCCCUGCCGCCGAGCCCGACCCUCACCCGCCUUCAGACGAGGAGAGAGAACCGGGUGAUUGGCGACCGUCCCGACCAGCCUCCCCGCCGCAGAGGCCUGAUGAUAUCUCAGAGGGGUCUGAAGCGACAGUGCGCCCAAAUAGACCAGAACCGACCAGUCGUUACGCUAAUCUUAAUUAUUGGAAAGCGCGGCGUGUCACUUUCUACCGGAAUGGGGAUCCUUUCCACCCAGGCGUGGAAUUCCGGUUCAAACCUGGCAGAGACUUGGCGUCAAUGGAUGCGCUGUUGGACAGGUUGUCGGAGAGGUUGGAGUUGCCGAGAGGUGCCAGGUUCAUAUUUGGGAUGGAUGGUGACAGGAAGUACAGGCUCGAGGAACUUGAGGACGGAGCUUCGUACGUCGUCUCCUCAUACAAGACUUUUAAGGCUGCGAGUUACGGAAAGAAAAACGGCAUGUGGUACGGAGGAACAUCGGGAGUAGUGAGUGGAACAGGCGGGGGAUGGUCCCGGGCUGGUACUCGGAAGCAGUCGGUGGCCGAGUCUGAUGCGCCACCACCGGGUGGUGGCAAACCCGCCAGCGGACGUGUCAUCAGGAUUAUCAACAACAUGGACCACUCUAUACAGUGCCGUGUACUGUUGAAUCUACGCACAACACAACCCUUCGAAGAAGUAUUGGAAGAUUUAGGACAAGUAUUGAAAAUGAGUGGCGCAAAAAGAAUGUACACGAUAACAGGACAAGAGGUGAGGAGUUUCUCGCAAUUAAGGAAUGAAUUCGCCGAUGUGGAGACAUUUUAUUUGGGAUCCGUGAUAGUGGCUCCAGCACUCACCCCUGGAGUCAGUGCCCCAAUACUGCCAAUCGAAUCGCCGAUCAGAAGAUCCCGAUCUAGAGCGAACGUAGCAGCUGCCCCGGCGUCGGAGGACAUGCGCGGUAGACGCGCCCGUAGCAAAAGUCGACCCAGAGUACUUUAUGCACCUGAAGGGGAAAUUGUUCGUAAUUCAGUAUCUUCAACAGACUAUACCCUACUGGAAGUGCUGAAGGAGGAGCCCAUCCGUGUCACAAUCCGUGGCCUCCGACGCACCUUCUAUCCACCUAUCCACCACGCACCUAUCGACAACUCACCACCGGAGAAGAAAAUGCAACUUGACUGGGUAUAUGGAUACCGUGGCGCGGACAGCCGUCGCAACUUGUGGGUACUGCCGACCGGCGAAUUGCUAUAUUACGUCGCAGCUGUUGCGGUUAUGUACGACAGGGACGAAGAAUCGCAGAGACACUACACUGGACACACCGAGGAUAUACAGUGUAUGGAACUGCACCCGUCCCGCGAACUGGUAGCGAGCGGGCAGCGGGCAGGGCGCGGGCGCCGUGCCCAGGCCCAUGUCCGAAUCUGGAGCACGGACACGCUGCAGACACUGCACGUGUUCGGCAUGGCCGAAUUCGAGGCCGGCGUUGCGGCGGUUGCGUUCUCACAACUGAAUGGCGGUAGUUACGUAUUAGCUGUGGACGCCGGCAGAGAAAGCAUACUCUCUGUGUGGCAGUGGCAAUGGGGGCAUCUGCUGGGCAAAGUUGCGACUCUACAAGAAGAAUUAACCGGAGCUGCUUUCCACCCAUUAGAUGACAAUUUAUUAAUCACACAUGGCAAAGGUCACCUUACUUUUUGGAAUCGCAGAAAAGACGGAUUCUUUGAAAGAACAGACAUCAUCAAACCUCCAUCCCGCACACACGUAACAGCGCUACAAUUUGAACAAGAUGGCGACGUUGUAACAGCUGAUAGUGACGGGUUCAUAACUAUUUACAGCGUAGAUAGUGAUGGUGCUUACUUUGUACGAAUGGAAUUUGAGGCACACAUAAAAGGAAUCAGUUCACUGGUAAUGCUCUCUGAAGGCACAUUAAUAUCGGGAGGUGAGAAAGAUAGAAAGAUCGCCGCUUGGGACUCUCUUCAAAACUACAAAAGGAUAACAGAAACUAAACUGCCGGAGUCUGCUGGUGGUGUUCGGAGUAUUUAUCCUCAAAGACCGGGACGUAACGAUGGCAAUUUGUAUGUAGGUACCACUAGAAAUAACAUAAUGGAAGGAUCUCUACAAAGGCGAUUCAAUCAGGUACUAUUCGGACACUACAAGCAACUGAUCGGACUCGCUGUACAUCCUGAUGACGAGAUGUUUGCCACAGCCGGCCAUGACAAAAAUAUUGCUCUAUGGAAAGGUCACAAGCUAGUAUUCGCUACACAGGUGGGUUACGAAUGCGUGUCGCUGGCGUGGCACCCGGGCGGCGGCGCGCUGGCCGCGGGCAGCACGGAGGGCCACCUGGUCGUGCUCAACGCGGACGCGGGCGCACACGUCGCCACGCUCAGGGUGUGCGGCUCCCCGCUCAAUACGUUGCAGUAUAACUCAGCCGGCGACACUCUAGCUAUUGGAUCACAAAAUGGCAGCAUAUACUUAUUCCGCGUGUCGCGAGACGGUUUCUCUUAUAAGAAAUCGAAUAAAAUCCGAGGUGCGCAGCCGCUUGUGCAACUCGACUGGAGCUUGGACGGAAAUUACUUACAAACAGUUACGGCUGAUUAUGAUUUGGCAUUUUGGGAUAUCAAGGCUUUAUCGCCAGAAAAGAGCCCUAUAGCGAUGAAGGAUGUUAAAUGGUCUACCUACAAUUCCACUGUUGGAUUCCUUGUGUCAGGAAUGUGGAAUAACCGAUUCUAUCCAAUGACAACAUUGAUAUCGACCGCAAGUCGGUCAGCCGCCCACGAUUUGCUAAUUAGUGGCGACACCGAUGGAUACUUGCGCUUGUUCAGAUAUCCCUGCGCCAGUCCGAAAGCUGAGUACAACGAAACAAAAGUGUACAGCGGUGCUCUGUACUGCGCUCGGUUCUUGUUUAACGACCGGUGCAUGGUGAGCGCCGGGGGCCAGGACGCCGCGCUGAUGCUGUGGGAGCUGGUGGACGACUAGCAUCAGGAGGCGACGGGACUGCGCCCGCCAGCCGUCGUGGUGGCGCCCCCCACACCCUCCCCGCCGCCGCCCGCGCUCCACCCCCGCUCUACCUUCAGGGUGCUCGACUUCGAGGAGCUCGAUUGAAAGUAUCGAUUACGUAUCGAUUGGUAAUGUACUGAAUUAAUCGCAUAAAGUUGGAGUUAGACUAGAGCAAGAGCACAGAAAAAGAAGUAGCAUAUAGGUAAGUUUACACCGAUGAUAUUGGAACAUCCUUACGUUCUUAGGAUUACAGUAAAAAGCAAGAAGUGCAUUUAGAGUACCAUGGACAGGUGUUCUAUGAUGUCUAUAGACGACGGCUGCUACUUUUCAUUAUUGGGCCAUCAGUUUACAUCCAAAGGGUUUAUAAUCACUCCAUUGUAUUGCAACUAAAGCAUAAACAAAUAUUGUGGAAGAUAAACGAACAUUCGCUCGGUUAGUCUAGAUCUAACUCCACCUUAAUAUUACUCACGACUUCUAAGUGAUGAUAUAGACACACACACACACAUAUUAAAUAGAACACGGACAUGACUAUACACCAAUGCAACAGUCUCUAUUGUUUAUUCAAAGAAAGAGACAAAAUAUAAUAUUUCAGGAUACAUCUAUGUAAUGUUGUAUACACAAAUCCCUUAAAAAUAAGUCACCAAUUUGAUCUCGAGAAAGUGAAAUUUACUGUUGAAUUGAAGAUAGGUAUUAAUCAAAGUACCUAUAUUACUCACUGCCAUAAUUAAUCGCAUUAAUAAAUUUAUAUGUAGAUCACGCUGAAACAUAAUAAACUAUUAUUAUAUUGUUAAAUGUUUCGUGAAUAUAUAUUACAUUUUAAUGUAAUAAUUACCGGUUUAAUUUACGUGCAGUUUGGGUCGAGAAAGCUCGACUAGUUUCGGAACCAUUUGGGUCCUUUAGAGUUAAAAGGCCGUGACUGAAGUUCAGUCAGGCUCGUGCACGCGACCAAAUUGCACGUGAAAUAAACCAGUAGUUAUUACAUUAAAAUAUAUAUAUUAUUAUUAUUAACUAUUGGAUUAUUUACUUAAAUUGCAAUAUUGGCCUUAUUAAUAGGGUAUGGAUAUGUGAUGUGCGUAUUUGGUGCUGAUUUGUAAUAAUUAUCUAUUCUGAAUAAAACAUAAUAUUAUAAAAUCAGACAGAUUUAAUCACGGUGUUUAAAUUUUAAAUAGACGGAGAUACUGUUUUUUUUUAUUAAUAAAAAUUUUAAUCAACUAUUUUUACUUAGUCGUAGCGUGUUGAGUUGUAUUUGAACAAAAGAAUUUUUUUCGAUACAACCAUAAACUUUAGUAAAGGCGUAUUUAUUUAACUUCCAUGUAAAAUUUUCACGGAUACAUUUUUAAUUAAUAUUUAAAUAUAUGUAUUAUGUAAGUAAUAAAAUAUAAUAAAUAAAUAAUAAAUGCACAAAACUGUAGACAAUUAGUAUUUACCAUAAAUUCGUAUAUAUUUGUGUUUGUUUCGUAAUGUGGCUGGCCACGAAAAUUACUGUUUUUAUAACGAUCGUAAUAUUAAGCUUUCGCUAUAUUUUUUUUUAAACCUAGAUAUAUUUUUCAUUUUUAACGAAGCCCUAAUAAUGUAAUAAACAUCCCAUCCAUAUAUUUUUUAUAUAAAGAACCUGAGACAUGAUUUUUUUUAAAUUGUCACAACUUUAGUUUGAAAUCGAAAUCCGUUUGAAACUGAACUCCUUUUUAAAAAGACACGAGUCAAAAAAAAAACAACUUAAAAUUUUGAACUACGUCGUUUUUUGACUCAUGGCUUUUUUGAAGGAGAAAAAGUGUUUACCUGCUCUAGCAGAACACUCUUAAAAGAUGUUGAAUUGAAACGAUGGGAAUCACAGAAUAUUGUGACAUUUAUACUAUCAAAUUUAAACAUUUCACUACUAUUGUUAUUAUUAGUGAUAAAUUACUAUGUUAUCAGUUCAACACUACAUAAUGUAACACUUUUUACAUUUUAUCACAUUUUUACGUAGCUGUAGUAACCAAUGAAGUAGUUAGGUAAGUAAAAUAAUGGCCGUAAUUCAAUAAAGUAAAUAUUGCACAAUUAUACACAACAUACUUAUAUACAUAAUAAAUAUAAUGAUUACAAAAUGUUAUAUUGUUUUGCAAAAAACGAUUUAAUGCUAACGAAAGAGAGUAAACAAUGCAGUAAAUAUUGUGUUGUUGAAGAGAAAUAUAUAUGUAUAGAUAUCUAUAUAAAACUAAACUAUAUUGAGUUGCACUGGAUAAAAACCUAUUUAGUCAUUACAUUUUUUUUUGUAAAAUAUAACAGGUAGGUACAUAUCUUGAUCACAAUUAUUGUUAAAUAAUUCGAUAUCAUUUCGGUAUGAAAUAUUACAGAGUUAUUUUUCAUAACUGAAAAUUCCGCCCCUGAUCCUAAGGUGGACACCAGACGAUUCCGGAGUGGGCACAGCCCAUCUGGCCCACUUUUUUAAUACGCCUAUGAUCUUUGGUAGAUCGUACACCAAAAGUUGAAUCUGAGACCUUACAAUAGUAAGGCACUGCUAUACUAUAAAAUACAACACUACAGCCCUCAAAGUUAGGUACGUAGUGAUAAGGUUUAAUUACUUGAUUACAUGUUCUAGUCCAAUGUACCUAUUUCAUUGUAAAUAUUUGUUGUUUAAUUUGUUUUUGAUUAUGUACCUAUUUUAUUUAAAUAAAGAAUGAUCAAUAAUAUAAGCACGUCUAUUAGAUAUACUACCUAAAUAUUUAUAAAUUAAAAUUCAUGAAAAUUAAACAAAUAGUUGAUUCGGGGAUCAAUAUAUUUUGUCUCAUUAACUGAUGUCAUAAAUAAAGUUUUGAAUUCAUAUUAUUAUAUAAGUGUUUUAUUUAUUUAACUUUGUAUGUUUGAUGUAAUUUACCUAAAAUUUUUGGGAUUAUUCUGAGGAAUUGAAUUGUCGCUGCUGAAUUUCACCAUCGUAUAACCCGCCACAAACUAAAAUUCCAUCCUAACUCUCUGUAUAUAUGGUUAGGCUA